UCAAUAGCAUAACGCUUUUGUAGGUACUAGCAUAUUUAUUUCAAAAGCAUUUUGUUAAUAACAAUUUACUACCCAAGAUGGACUUUCUGUAAGGCUGGAUAUUUUUGUCUCUACUGAUCAGCUGAUUAUUAAAUGGACAAGUGGAGUACACCCCAUCUGAAGGUGGUUCUGGUUGGAAACUCUGGGGUGGGAAAAUCUUCGAUGAUGACACGGUUUGUGGAUCAUCGGUUCACUAACAUGUACCGUGCUACCAUUGGGGUGGAUUUCCUGACUAAAGAAGUGACUGUGGAAAAAGACAGUGUGAUUCUACAGGUGUGGGACACGGCUGGUUCGGAGCGGUUUCAUUCUUUAGGCUCGACUCUGUAUCGUGGUGCUCACUGCUGCCUCCUCGUGUUUGACCUGAGCUCUGCGGCCUCCUUCAGCGCACUGGAUGGCUGGCGCACAGAGUUCCUGCUGCAGGCCGCCCCUGCUGACCUUACAACCUUUCCCUUUAUUGUGGUGGGCAAUAAGACUGACUUGGGCACCCAAGAGGUUUCCCCUGAACGUGUGCAGCAGUGGUGUGAGAAUUUGGGGGCUAGGUAUUUUGAGUGCAGUGCUAAAGAGGAUAUAGAUGUUGAUAUGGCCUUCAGAAGUGCCGCAAGAGCAGCACUGCAAUAUUUUAAAUGUAGUGUCAUGGAUAAUAGAGAAAACAUCCAAAUUACCAACAGAGAGCCAGAAGAACAAUCAAAUCAGAAUGCAUCAAAAUGUACUUGCUGAAGAAGCGCUGCUGAUGUUAGAUGAAAAACCCUGGAAUGGAUGGCUUUAUGGAUUCACUUUUUAAUGGAUCCCUAGAUGUGUGACCAUCCAACAAAUAUGGACAAGCCUUUUUUGCUUUUGAAACAACAAUUUCUGAAAUGUGUAAUUUACUUUUUUGUUUCUUUUGCCUCUCCUUGUUUUCUUAUACAGCUUUUUCCUUGCAAACUCACCUAGAGCCUGCCCCAUCACAUUACCGGUUUCCAUGAAAGAAAGGAAAAAUUUAUAAUGAAUGGUAACUAGCUUUGUAGUUGUGACAUUUUACCCAGAGUCUAAAUUGCAUAUAAAAUAUUUGCUUUAUCUACUUACAGGAUGACUGACCUAGGCUAAAACAUUAACACAGUAUAAAUAUAACACUACAAAUAAUCUUUGUCAGCUUCCUGAUUAGAAAUUCCCACAAGUAAUCACUCUUACUCUAAACUUAUUGGAGUGUGUACCUUUAUGUUAGAACAACAUAUCUUUCAUUUUUAUAAUUUCAUCUUCAAAGUAUUCUCUGCAUUUAGGUUUUAUGCCAUAUAUAGCAUAGGUCAGCAAGAGAUAUAUAAAAUAUCCCCCAACAAGAAUGGAAGAUUAUUCAAAAAGCAGGAUACAGGCUUUCUGGUGCAUUGUAAAGGUAAAUCUAGAAAUCCAAAGUUUAGGUAGCUUUAAUACUGCUUUAUUUUUUCCUUUAUAUUGUGUCUAGAAGGAGCCAUAGCACAUAAGAAAACAGGAUUAAUUUUAUCUGACAAAAUACAGGUGCAUAAAGGCCUCUGAUGUUUUUAGAUUUUUAGAUGUGAAGCCAUUUUGAAUUAUGGUGAAAAUUCCAUUAUCAUAGGCAAGAAGUUAGUAAUUCAUAGGUUUAAUCAAAAUGGAGAAAAAUGAAGUAACAUAAGAUUACUCUGUUGUAUUGCUACCCAAUACUUUAGCUUGGUUCAAUCAGCCAGCAAGCAAGCAAUUACACCCGUGGGACUUCGAAAUUAGGCAAGGUUGCACAAAUUCAUUAAAUGCUUUAAUUUUUCAUGUAAAUCCAUAAGACAAAUGAGAAUCUAUAUUAAGAUAUUUGACCUCAAUGGAAUGUGAUAAAUUAUUUGAAAAAAGAAAAAUCUGAAUAAAAUAGAACAAUUUUGUGAUUCUCAAACUCCUGCCAAAAUGUUAUAUUUAUGAUCAGGA